CAAAUGAAGAGUUUUCAGAAAGAGAGUAAUAAUCAUGCGACGACUUUGGUUCAACACCUGUUGAGUACUCAUCGACGACUUCAUGUUCUAGAGGGAGCAGAGUCCUCCAAUGCAACUGCAGAAAAGGAUGGUGUUGACGACUUAAUAAUGUUGCUUGCGUCCAUAGCAGUAGCAGUGAAGUCAGUUGGUUCUGCGGUGAGAAGAAGAGAUAUAACACAUGGAAGUGGCACCGAGUCGGAACCUUUAGAACGUCUGGCCAAUGAGACUUGGAUUGAUUGUCUUCUAUAUAGUCAACGCUCUUGUAUUCUUGUUUCAGAAGAUUUGGAAAAUCCAGUAGUAGUAGAAAGUAAUAUGCAGGGAAAGUUUGCGGUUGUUUUUGAUCCACUCACGGGUCGUUCAUAUCCUCCCUGUCAGGAAAUGGGUGCUAUUUUUGGAGUAUUUCGUCAGAUGAGCGGUGGGUCACCAGUUAUUGAAGACGUUAUGCAACCUGGGAGACAAAUGGUUGCAGCAGGUUAUGCACUUUAUGGUGCUUGCACAGUUCUAUUUCUUAGUCUUGGUAGUGGAGUGCAUGGCUUUACUCUUGAUCCUGCUUUGAAUGAGUUUAUCUUAACUCAUGAAAAUGUUCGCAUCCCAUACUGUGGUCAUAUUUAUUCCGUCAAUGAGGGAUAUUGCAGUUUGUGGAAACCGGAAAUUAGAGAACUGAUAAGUCGUUUCAAGACGGAAGUCUCUUUAAAUGGAAAAGAGAGAUCUCUGAGGUAUAUUGGUUCUAUGGUUGCUGAUGUUCAUCGUACUCUUCUUUAUGGUGGUAUUUUUAUGUACUUUGCUCAUCAACAGUGGCCAAAUGGAAAGCUAAAGUUACUUUAUGAAGCCUCACCAUUGGCAUUUAUUAUAGAACAGGCAGGAGGAAAGGCUUCUACUGCUCUUGAAAGAAUUCUUGAUAUUACUCCAGGAAGUGUACAUGAUCGUAUUCAAGUUGUAAUGGGUUCCUAUGAAGAUGUAGAGUUGGUUGAACAACUUUUCAAAGGUCCUUCAAGAAGUGACCCAAUGUACCUUUUGCGCCGUUCGCAUAGCAUUGAAGAAAUGAAGGAUUCGAAAGAAGAGUCAACAUCAUUCAACAAAGAUGAAGAUGGACCUACUAUAUUAUGUUCCACUUUGCCAAGGUUAGCACAAUAUAAUGAGUAACUAUUGGCUUCUUGUGAAUUCUCAAACAUCGUUUUAUUAUG